CAUGGUGUAUUGGAGCCGCCGAAAUUCCCGUGAGGGGGUGUGACGAAGGAAUCAGUGAGACUGAGAGAGAAAAAAAAAGGCAUUUAAACUCUCUGCGAUCUCGAUAUAUUUUAAGAUUCAAUAGCUUUUGUCCCAUACAUUGUCAAAAUGGCAAUCCUCGAGCAAAUUCCAUUGCCUUGGGCAUUAGGUUUGGGGUGUCUUGCUGUUGUUUUCUACUAUGUCUAUUCGUACCUAAUGACGAACAGCCACCUUCGAGGUGUUCCCGCGCCUUUCCCGGCUCAAUUCACUAACCUAUGGCUUCUUUAUGCUUGUAGACGAGGAAGACGCUAUCUCGUCGUGGAUGAGGUCCAUAAGAAGUUAGGUCCUGUUGUGCGUAUUCAACCAAACCACGUGAGCAUUGCCGACGAUGAGGCUAUCCAGGUCAUCUACGGCCACGGAAAUGGAUUCCUCAAGUCUGAAUUCUACGAUGCCUUCGUUUCAAUCCGACGUGGUUUAUUCAACACUCGGGACCGCGCUGAGCAUACUCGUAAGAGAAAGCUAGUGUCAAGCACAUUUGCUCCGAAAUCCAUACAUCAGUUUGAACCAUAUAUCCAGGAAAACCUCGAGAUGUUUGUCAAGAGGUGGGAUGAGCUAAUCGAGAAAUCACCUACGGGAGAUAAAACAGCUUAUCUCGAUUGCCUGAAAUGGUUCAACUACGUAGCCUUUGACACCAUUGGGGACCUAGCAUUUGGUGCGCCAUUCGGUAUGCUGAAGGCAGGAGCAGAUAUUGCUGAGGUUCGCACAGCAGUCGAUUCCCCGCCAAUCUAUGCACCGGCUGUUGAAAUACUUAACCGUCGCGGCGAAGUAUCUGCUACUCUUGGCUGCUUCCCACAGCUCAAGCCCUACGCCAAAUGGCUCCCAGAUUCGUUCUUUAGCAAGGGCCUCGCAGCUGUGGAGAACUUAGCGGGCAUCGCUAUUGCGCGCGUGAAGGAUCGUCUAGAGAACCCACCGGAUAUUAACCGCAGAGACCUUCUUGCCUUAUUACAGGAGGGACGCGACGAGAAAGGGGAACCAUUAGGUUUUGAGGAACUGACAGCAGAAGCACUGACACAAUUGAUUGCCGGGUCGGAUACGACCUCCAAUUCGUCUUGCGCUCUUCUCUACCACGUAGCACGAACACCAGGCGUACUACAGAAGCUUCAAGAAGAGCUCGACGCGGCAGUUCCAAGCAAUGAUGUCACUGUGCCUACGUACGACGCGAUCAGGAAUCUACCAUAUCUCCAGAUGAUCAUCAAUGAAACGUUGCGUAUCCACUGCACCUCUGGGAUCGGCCUACCGCGAGAGAUCCCGCCCGAAUCUGAUGGAGUAUAUAUUCGAGGAUAUUAUUUCCCUCCUGGCACAGUACUUAGCGUACCAACGUAUACCAUGCACCACUCGCGUGAGAUUUGGGGUGAGGACGCAGACGAAUUUUGCCCCGAGAGAUGGGAGGAGACGACCGCGCGUCAGAAAAACGCGUUCAUCCCAUUCAGUACAGGUCCUCGAGCCUGUGUAGGCCGAAAUGUGGCCGAGAUGGAGAUGAAAAUGAUUGUGGCGACUUGGGCACGCCGUUAUAGCGUCUUCCUCUGCCAGAAUGAGAUGGAGACUCGCGAGGGUUUCCUGAGGAAGCCAUUGGCGUUAGAUAUUGGUCUGAAACGAAGAUUUUAACGUGCUUCAUAGGGUCAUUGGCAAGCAAAUGAGGUCUCAAGAGACAAACCGCUGAGCCAAAAGUGUAUUUCUUAUUGGCACAAUUACUAUUACAGUCUAUCUGAUCCAUGAGUGGUACCACUCAUAUGAGGUGACUAGUCAAAUCUAGUCUUAUUAUGAUUAUUACGCAUUCAACAUUUCCUUUUUCUCACUUUGAUAUAAUCAAUCGAAUUAUCAAUAAUACUGAUGACAUUGUGCAUUCAAAUCCCAUCCCAUCAUAUCAGCUUCUGAAGUCAGAGACCGUCACCCUAGACA